AUGGCUGCUGAUAUCAUGAAGUACGAUUAUGAGAAUCAUUUUUGGGGUGAAAAACAUCUUGGUUUUCAUGUAUUAUACGAGAAUAUGAAACACGGUGAGGAAACUGUAAAUGAGAUAGGACAGUUUCUCAAGGAACGUCUGGCUAUGGAAGAGGAAUAUGGUAAAAUGUUCACCAAAAGUAUGAAUCGAGUAUCAACAUUCGUGUCAAAUGGAUCAAGCCUGGAUUCUGGAUGGACGCUGGCGCGAGGAACCCUGGAACUCCUUUCGGAAAUUCAUACAAUGUUGGUGAAAAAUCUACAGGAUUUGGCUAAGGAGGUUGCUAAAUACAAGGAAGAUCUUACGAAAGCUCGAAAGGAAGCAAAACAGCAGGAUAUCUUGGAUGCUGUCAAUUUGAUGCAAACUACAACUACUUGCCUACAAAAGUCAAAGGAAACGUACUUUGCUCGAUGUGCCGAACUGGAAAAACUCAAGAAGGAAUCGAAUGUCAAUCCGAAAGAGAUUGCGAAGAUGGAAUCGAAGAUGUUCAAAUCCAGAGAAGAAUAUCGUUCAUACGUUGAUAAGUAUGAGACGGUACGUAGCGAUUUUGAAGAAAAGAUGGAACGUGCCUGUAAGAUGUUUCAGGCUCACGACAGAUCGCAUUUUGCUGCUCUUCAGCAAUUCUUGCUGAUGUACGCCGGGCAUCAACAGGAGGCUGCUUGCGCUUCUCAGCAAGUAGCAGGGCAAUUUCGAGAAUCUUUGCAACAGUUGAGUGUCGAUGAAAUGAUCGCACGCUUUGUUCGAACUAAGGGUACUGGAGCCGAAAGACCGCAACCUGCCGUAUUUGAAGAGCCAGCCGAGUUCUGUGUUUUAUCUGAUGAUGAGAUACAUCGCCGGCCAAGCGGUUCAAUGCCGUCUUCAAGUUGUUCGUCAGGAGUCGUGCCAUCCAACCCUCCUCCUGCUCCACCGACUGCAGAUGGGUUACUAUCUAUGGAUACGCUUGACGCGUGGAAUGACAACAAAGAGUCGCAGCAUGUGCAACCAUCUCCUACAGCCUCGCAUAGUAGUGACUCCACAACCGGUACUGUACCUAAUGCCGCUCCAUUUUCUUCUUCUGUUGGAGGAACAGGAGCUCUUGGAAGGCAGAAACUUUCAUUAUUUCUUCCAAAACGGAAGAAAACCGUUUCGCAGAGCAGUGCCAAUGAUGAACAUGAAGCAACAGGAGUGUAUGGUGAUGCCAUCGCUCAGUUUGUUUAG